AUGUACUCCCUCGGCAAGACGGCCGUCUUAGCACUCGCCGCCGCGGGUACUAGCCACGGUCUCAGGGCUACCAUUCUGGCAGACACAAACCGGGAUGGACGCGUAGAUGUCACCGGUGAGACGGACGUUGAUGGAAAGGCCACUUGGACCGAGGAGCGAGGAGCCCUAUUCUUGCCAAACAUCGUGGAUACCAACCGCCGGUGCUCGCAAAGAAUUACAUCGGGCACGACUGAAAAUGGCCUUGCAGAAUGCCACGAUGCAUCUGACAAUAUUCUACGCAACCCAAAGUACCUCGCUCCGCUCCGCACCGUCCCCAUCAAUAACUUGACCAGCUCUGCUACGGGUACUAUUACCAUCUCUGGUAAAUAUGCCCCUGAGAAGGUCCGAGUCUUCCACAAGGAUAAUGGUAAAUGGACCUAUAUCGAUAGCAAUUACCAGUUCCGGGGUGACGCCUUAGGAACUGGUCUAGAAUUGGGAAUCGAUGCCCGAGAUGUCCGUCGACCCAACGAGUGGGAUGGCAGAGUCUAUGUUCACUUCAACGUGACUGAUAACGGAGAGACUGCUUCCGAUCAAGUUGCCCUUCGCGUGGCACCAAUCUUGACACACCAUCAUCUCCAAGCUCCGGACCAAGUCUUCACGGUUGCCGGCAGAGGCCGGCCGGCGCAGGCGCAGUUUGCGGCGUUUAUUGCGAAUUACACAGCCCAGGCCGGAGUCAAGAAGCCCGUUUACAUGUUCGACGAGUCCGACGUCUGGGCCCAAGAUUACUUCGAACCAGGCUACACCAGCAUCCCGGGCCCCAAAGGCCCCGUAUACCUGCGAGUCAACAUCAGAAGCAGCCAGCCGUGGCGCAGCGCCGGCCGAAGGGUAUUCUCCGAACUGAGGUCCGACUCCGUGGGAGCCGUCCAACACUUCGCCGCCGGAACCCCCGAGGCACCCCCGACCAUCGACUCGACGGGAAACCUCGAGACCAUCCCGCCGUAUUCAUACAACGGCAAACAUUACCCUGCCGGCAGAGCAGUCAUGGGGAGACACAAUAAUAUAACCCCGACAAUGAUGUCCUUCCUCAAGGCCCAGGAGGCCCAGCACCCCAUUGACGACCUCGACCACGACUGGCUCUCAGUCGGCCACACCGACGAAUACAUGCAGUUCCUGCCCGCGAACAACUCGCGAGGCUGGAUCAUGACCGCGGACGACCCUGCUCUCGGACUGAGCCUCCUCAAAAAGGCACGGGCCGACGGGCACGGCAAGGUGCAAGCCAUGUCGCGCAGACACGAGCCGUACGACACCGAGGCCUGCCUUCCAGCCAACGACAUCGAUGGCGUGCUCGGCCUCGCCAACUUUGACAGCGUCAACCAGCACUGCGCAGACCGAAUCCAGCACAACAUCGACAUCAUCAAGCGAGAAACCGGCAUCACGGACGAGGAAAUCGUCCGAAUUCCCAGCCUCUUCUACUACAACAACAUCGAAGGCUUCAACUGUAACAGAUACGCAGCCCGGGGCCUCGGAGGAAGGAGAACCGCUCAGACCAAGAACAUCAUCGAGGCGGCUGAGGCGGGCAGCCAUCUGCACAGUCGGCAAGAGCAAGAGGAGGCCCAGCCGCGCAUGCUGGCGCUGUAUCCCGCGACUAUCAACGGCGUCGUCUACGACGACCGCCGGUACAUGGCGCCGAACCCGUGGGGGCCCGUCAUCGGCGGAAGGGAUAUCCUGGCCGAGGCGGUUCGUGCAGCCUACGACAAGGCCGGCUUCCAGGUUACUUUUAUGGACGACUGGUUCGACCAUCAUGUUUUAAAUGGCGAAACGCACUGCGGGUCGAAUGUGGCUCGUGACGCUUCUCAAAAAUGGUGGUAG